GUCAUAGCAGCUCUUCGACAGGCUGACACAUACUGUGGUGCUAAUAUCGGAGUGUUGCUGGAAUGUUCUGAGGCAGUAUAUAAAAGCAUUGGGUCUUGUUCACUGGGACAGAAGCACAGACGAAGUCGACCAGCUCAACACAGCACCAAAAAUCCACCAAAGAUGCUUUGCCCAAGCACAUUUCAGCCUAAUCUCAGCCCAUUCAUGGACUUCCACUGGCCAGUACGCAGCCUGUGGCCGGAGACAAGACCUCUGUUCUUUCAGAUCGAGAAAGAAAUGAUGAGACACAUGCAGGAGAUGAGGCACAACCUGGAGUUCAUGGAACGCCUGCACCAAAGGAUUUUUGACGAGAUUGACCAUGUCCCACCCAUGACCACUUUCAAACCCAUCUCAUUCCAGGUCGGAAAGGAAGGAAGCCACUAUGCACUGACACUAGAUACGAAGGAUUUCUCUCCGGAGGAGCUGUCCGUCAAACAAGUGGGCAGAAAGUUGCGGGUGAGCGGCAAGACGGAGAAGAAGCAAGAUGAUGGGAAAGGAUCGUUCUCGUACAGAUGCCAAGAAUUUAGGCAGGAGUUUGACCUUCCUGAAGGUGUGAAUCCUGAGACGGUGACCUGUUCGUUAAAUAAUGGCCAGCUACAGAUACAAGCACCCAAAGAAGCUAAUGCUGUGAGCAACGAGAGAGUGAUUCCCAUUACAUACAGUCCUGCUGUGAAGAGUCCUGCUCCUCAGAGCCCUGCUCCUCAGAGCCCUCAGCCUGAGAGCCAAGCAGCUGAGCCAGAGUCUACAGAUAACUGAGCUUAGCCUCUAUGAAUAUAUAACCCACAAUGGAACAAAUGACUCUAUGGAACACCCACAUAAAGCUCGAACCUAAAUGAUUGUAAAAGAAUUCAGAUUUUUAAUGAUGCUGAUUUAUUAACUGUAUUAACAUUUUGUUCAUUGUAUUAAGAUUUUCUAAUACAGAAGUCAAAUACUUCAAUUCAGUAAUAUAUUUGUUUUUGUUAAAUUGCAAAGAGAUGUUUUUGCCAAAAAGCUUAUUUUGUGAAAUAAACUAAAAACGAAUCUGGUCCUGGGAAUAACCACCAUGUUUAUGUAACUUGCAAGAUAUUACACAAAAUAUUAUUAAAUUGGUAUAUGUAUUAAGCUGUAUUUAUUUAUUAAUAUUUUUUCCUUCCAUUUUUGGCAUUACAAUCUUCUUCAAAAUGCAUGGAUUAGGCUACAUAAUAAAAAAUUUCUUAAAGACA